AUGAUGUCCGGACUCUCAUCUAGGCUACGAGAUAUCCUCCAUCAUCUUCGACAGAAAGAGGACCCGUCGGCACAGCUGGUGGCUCUGCAGGAACUGGCUGAGAUUCUUCUUGUUUCCAACGAGGAUAAUCUGUCAGGGCAUUUCUCCCCCGAUGCUUUCGUGAAGGAGUUGGUGACCCUGAUGCAGCCCAAUGAGAUUACCGGCGAAGAAAAUUCGGAGAUCAUGCUUCUUGCCUGCAGAUGUCUUGCGAAUUUGAUGGAAGCUCUACCGGCUAGUGCUGCCAACGUGGUCUACGGUGGCGCUGUUCCAAUCCUGUGCCAGAAACUCCUAGAGAUCCACUAUAUUGAUCUCGCCGAGCAAGCGCUGAGCACAUUAGAAAAGAUCUCAGUGGAGUAUCCCACAAGCAUCGUUAGAGAAGGUGGUUUAACCGCGUGUCUUACUUACCUGGACUUCUUUCCUACGGGUACUCAGCGAACUGCUGUCACAACUGCUGCCAACUGCUGUCGCAACAUCCCGGAGGAUUCGUUUAACGUGAUCAUUGGAGUUAUGCCAAUUCUCCUAAACGUGUUGAAUAGUAACGACCAGCGAGUUGUGGAACAAGCAUCGCUUUGUGUCACGCGUAUAAUUGAGAGUUUCAAAUAUCAGUCAUCGAAGCUGGAACAGCUCGUUAGUGUGGAUUUGCUGAAAGUCAUACUGCGACUCCUGGUACCCGGAACUACGAACCUCAUCAGCGCCAAUAUUCACACCCAAUUCCUCCGAGUUCUGGCUAUCACGGCCCGUGCAAGCCCGAGUCUGUCAGCGGAACUCUUCAAGUUAAACGUCGUCGAGACUCUCUAUCAGAUCCUUACGGGUGUCUCUCCUCCUAGUGAGACGGAAGAUGUCGCUUCGAAGCUUGACAGUGUGGUUAUCAUGCAGGCAUUGAUCCAUCGGCCACGUGAGCAAAUUAUCGAGACUCUUAACGUCGUCUGCGAGUUACUCCCAGGUCUGAAAUGGACUGACGGCUCGGGCCCCCCAAUCCCAGCCGAUCUUGAUAUUGCCGAGCCCGUUACCCCAUCCUCAUUUGGGUCUCGGAAGAAGUCAUCUAACGAAAAGAGACUCGAGCUGCUCGACGAGUGCAAGGACCAAGUUCGAAGAUUUGCGUUAAUCCUCUUCCCUACGCUGACGGACGCAUUUUCAAGCACAGUGAACUUGAGCGUUCGACAAAAGGUACUCACUGCUCAGCUGAAGAUGCUAUCGAAUUUAGAUAAGGAUAUUCUCGUCGAUGCCCUAAAGGCUGUUCCCUACGCUUCGUUCUUGGCCUCUAUACUAUCACAGCAGGAUCAUCCUUCGCUUGUUAUGUCUGCCAUUCAGAUAACGGAACUUCUACUGAACCGGCUGGAUGACAUCUAUCGCUACCAGAUUUACCGCGAAGGGGUCAUUAUUGAGAUUAUGAAGUUGGCGUCUGAGCACCAAGAGCCCGAGAACAAGGCCACUGAGACCCCGGCAGAUCAUAGUAUGGCAUCUGGAGAUGAAGGAGACAGGGUCUCGAUACACAACGGCUCUGGAGAUGAAGACGAAGAGGACCGUGAAGAGGACGACGAUGAAGACGAUGAGAACGACGAUGACGAUCAAGAGAAUGAUCAUCACGACGACGACAUGUCCGGUUCGCCUGCUAGUUCUGACGGAUCUACUAUGUCUAUUGAUGGGCCGCCUCGACCUUAUGUAGGGGAUAUCCCAUCUAUGAAGACCCGCAUUGCCGAGACCGCCAAGAAAUUCUUAGAGACUCAUGAGACAGAAAAGCACAGCAAGUCCAUGAAGAAGAAGGCCAAAAAGAUCCUAGAUAAUCUUGAAGCCCUUGCUUCUGGGAUUGAGGGAUUUUACCUUCGAAGGACUGCCAAAGAUCUAUCUCCUGAGAAUGGGGCCGUCCUAUUUGAAAAACUAGCAUCCUAUUUCGAUGCUGACGUCUUGGACAGUGUUACAAGCGCCGAGCUGCUCUCUUCAGGGCUUGUGCGCGUUCUAGAAGAAGUCUUCAGCAACCCCGACGAGAUGCUAGCAAAUGCUGCGCGAGCCGCAUUCCUCGAGGUCUUCAUGGGUCGUUACGUGAGUUCAAAAUCGAAGACCGCAACUGCAGAUUCUCCUGCGACGCCCUUCAGUAUCUUGAUCCAUAAACUUCAAGAUCUGCUUAGUAGGUCGGAGCACUUCGAGGUUAUUACCGUCCACCAUAGCACGUUUGAUGGCAAUCGUAGCAGCGCGGCGUCCAUGUUGGCGAAGCAGAUAAGACUUAGACUGGUUGCUGACGAAGAUUCCGAUAUUCCUCGUUCGUUCCGCAGUAUCAAUGUCCACAUCCAUGCAAUUGCAACCUUUAAAGCUCUAGAUGAUUGGCUACGACCCCGAAUUAGCCUACACGAGCGCCCUCGUGGCCCAAGACCCCGUGACGGAUUAUCUCGAGCCCUCGCCGCGAUGGCCAGCUCUGCAGGAUUGUCGUCAGCCGAACGCCUCGCCGAGCGGUUGGGAUCAAGCUAUGCGGCUCCUCCACCUCCGGUCCCGAACCAGGCUUCCGGCUCUCGUCCACCGCGGAGAUCUAAGUCGAAGCAACCGGGGCAGUCUGAUACCCCGUCUACUCCGGGCUCAGUAGCAGGCUCUGGCCGUGAGAAGGCAAUUCUCCGUAGAUCGGCCCGACGCCAACCAGCUCAACCAAGCGAGUCUCAUACCCCGGCACCACCUCCUCCGCCACCGGAAGAUGACGAAGAUUUGCAGAAUGCAUUGGAAUGCGCUGAUGAAAAGCCGAUCACUGAUGAGGAUGAAGAAGUUGAGGCUGCUGAUAGUAGUGCUCUCGACGCUAUAGUUGGCGAGUUAGACGAGGAUAUGGAAGAUGCUCCUGCCCGCGAACCAUCCGCAGUCAACUUGGUAGAGGCAGCUGAGGAGAAGAUCACGGCCAGGAAAGAAGAUGGAACCCGGGUCCCUACUCCAGCUCAGACUGGUGGUACCAAUCUUCCAAGCCGCAGCGCGCCACCUCAACCUCCAGCAUCGCAGCAGAGCACGCCAACUCCCACCGCUCCGUCGGCUUCUCGACCACUUUCUUACGCGGCUGCCAUCCAAGCCAUACCCCAAGAUUGGCAUAUCGAAUUCAGUCUUAACGAGCGGGUCAUUCCGAACGAGACAACUAUUUAUCGGGCUGUCCACAACAACUCGUCGCCUCCUGACGAUCAUGUUAACCGCAGUGUUUGGUCAACGAUGCAUGUCAUCAAGUUUCGUCGCGUGCCUGGGCCUCCUCCCGCAGAACCUAUCGGAUUCGGGCCUUCAUUUGACGGUGCACCUGAUGUUAACGGUGUACCCGCCUCGCUUACGAAUAAUCCUACAACAGCGUCUAUUCUCCGACUAUUGAAUAUUUUACAUGAUCUCAACGCAAACAUCGAUGAUAUUAUGGUGGAAAACAAGAACACUCUGAAAUUGAAUGUUGAACCCUUAUCACAAUUUGUCAACACAAAGUUGACUGCCAAACUUAAUAGGCAACUGGAGGAGCCUCUCAUAGUGGCCAGUAAUUGUUUACCAGGCUGGAGUGAAGACCUAGCCCGGCUAUACCCGUUCCUCUUCCCCUUUGAGACCCGCCACCUGUUCCUUCAGUCGACAUCAUUUGGCUAUGCGCGAUCUAUGAGUCGAUGGCAGAAUGCGCAGCAGGAGGAGACGUUGCGUCGCGACCGACGUGAUGAUAACGUAUUCCUUGGCCGACUCCAGCGUCAGAAGGUACGAAUUUCGCGUUCCAAAAUCCUGGAGUCAGCGUUGAAAGUGAUGGAACUUUACGGGAGCUCGCAGAGUAUUCUUGAGGUUGAGUACUUUGAAGAGGUUGGGACAGGUCUUGGACCUACUCUCGAAUUUUAUUCAACCGUAUCAAAAGAAUUCUCCAAGAAAAAACUCAGGCUCUGGCGUGAUAUGGAUUCCAACGACUCGGACGAGUUCAUCUCUGGUCCUGCUGGAUUAUUCCCUCGACCUCUGAGCGAUGACGAUUCAAGCGCAAACGUAAUUCUCCAGCUGUUCAAGAUGCUCGGGAAAUUCGUUGCGCGAUCCAUGAUCGAUUCACGGAUCAUUGACCUUAACUUUAAUCCUAUAUUUUUCCGUAUUGGUGAAGGCUCUUCGAGCGUAAAGCCAUCUCUCGGUGCGGUCAAGAUUGUAGACCCCGGGCUAGCCAAUUCACUUAAGCAUAUCAAGAAGUUUGCUAUGGCAAAGAAGGCUAUCGACGAAGACCCUAAUCGCACUCCCGCGCAGAAGGUUGCCGAUACUGAGGAUAUCGUGGUGGAUAAUGGAACACUAGAGGACUUAGCAUUGGACUUCACGCUGCCGGGUUAUCCCGAAAUUGAGCUUAUACCCGGCGGAUCUCAUAUCUCGUCGCGUGUUAAGCGUCAAGUCGAGGCAUUCCGCACCGGCUUCUCCCAGGUAUUCCCGUACUCCGCACUGAGCGCGUUCACACCGGAUGAGUUGGUAGCACUAUUUGGUCGCGUUGAUGAGGAUUGGUCUCUAGAGACUCUUAUGGACUCUAUAAAGGCAGAUCAUGGCUUCAAUAUGGAUAGUAAAUCCGUCAGAAACUUACUCCAGACAAUGAGCGAGCUUAGCCCUGCACAGCGCCGUGACUUCUUGCAAUUCACUACUGGCAGUCCAAAGCUUCCAAUUGGAGGUUUCAAGAGCCUGACCCCUAUGUUUACUGUGGUGUGCAAGCCUAGUGAGCCACCCUACACAUCUGACGACUACCUUCCAAGCGUUAUGACUUGUGUCAACUACCUAAAGUUACCCGACUACAGUAGUAUCGAUAGCAUGAGGCGGCAGUUGUUCACUGCUAUUAGAGAAGGUCAAGGUGCCUUCCAUCUGUCCUAA